UGUACUCUCCAUGACCGUGGUUGGUUGGUAGUUUUCAAUUUGCUGCAUCGGUUCAUCCGCCCACGCUUGUUCAGUUUUUAAUCUCUCAAGACAAGAUUAUCUCAUCACAUAUAUCAACAGCCUCGUCAAAUGCAAGUACGGAAUGCUGAUUCAUCGGAAUCCAGGUGGGAUUAAGCAUCAACACCUAACCAAAUAGAAUUGGCCAGAAAUGAAGGUGUCAGAAGUUUUCGAAGGUGUCGAUGAGCUACUACAUACCUCAGGGUAUGCGCCGGGGUUCUACUCUGAGUUUGAAGAAAAAAUGACGGAGUGGAUCAAGGAGCACCCGGUGGUAUGGAAUGGAGGAAUCGGACCGGCAGCUUCAUUCGUGCCGACCCUAACCAGGCUUCUAUUCAAGCAAACCAAGAACGUAUAUGCCUACGACCACGUAAUAACUGCAAGGCUAUCACCUAUGGCUGCGAUAGAAGGCAGGAUCGGCUGCUAUCGGCGGGUAGCAUUGGAUGUCCUCAUGGCAACGGCAAGAAGUCUCAACCUUGACGACGACGACCUUAAGGAGGUCAAUCAACUUGCUGCAGAAGAGAGCUACUAUGGUUACGGCAUGGUCUCUGAUAUACUGGUGCUCAAGGCUUUCGGAGUGAAUCACCAUAGGGAUUACCGUUGGGAUUACUAUUGGGAUCCUGUACAACGGUUGUUAUUUGGAGCACCCCUUCCCGAUAGCAACAUUCGGUCCCGGAUACCUGGAAUGAUAAGGGAAAUGUUGCAGGGGAAGAGGCGUCUUCUGCUUGUUGAAAACCUGCACGUCCCUGUUCCAAUGGAUGUGUUGUUUCUCAGUACACAAUUUAUUAGGCCAUCAGUACUCUUUCAGCCAAAUGGGUGGGUCAUCUCAACUGCUUCCAAGGAUGUCUGCAACCAAAGCAGAGAACAUGAGCUUUCAUAUGGUUCUCCGGGGGCAAUAUUGGGUCUUCUGGAAUAUUACCAUACCCUUCAUUUCGAUGAUCCCCGAGCGCAACAUUGGGUCGUGUUGAUUAAAGAGGCCUUACAAGAUGCAGCCGGCACCAUCCGUAGCACACUGGUCCAUCAGCAACGGGAAGACAAGUUUUGGCUCCACGUAGCUCAGAAGUGCCUGUAUUACGGCAUCCUCUACUGUCCAAUGCAAGGAGCUGCUGCUAGACAUGACAUUACCUCCGAUGAGCUGGUUCGCUGUUGGGUGGCCGAGGACCUGCUUUCUCCAAUAACAACCAUCACUGGUACUCCGCAGAUGACCACCGGCAGAAACUACAGGUCUGCGUUAGAAGCAGGAAAAGUUGUAAUUCAAGCCUUGCAAGAAUAUUCGUUGCUGCCAAACCCACCGUCAAACACUUGUUCAAGGGACACUGGAGUUUCAGUGUUAGCAAUGGGUGUUCCCCGACUCAAGGAGGAGGACCUUUUCUAUCAUGAGAAGAUUGACCGACUGAGAUGGGUCUCAUUUAUGAAUGAUGAUGGUAGGCAUGUAAGUUGGGAUUGGAGGGAGUAUUGGCACCCUGGAUUGCGUAACUGGGACCGGAGCUUUCCAGGGGAAAGGAUUACUACCCUUAUCCUAAGAGGCUGCUCAAACAUAUCAGGCUUUUCUUUUGAUAGAGUGUUAGACCUGCAUGUUCUUGAUCUGUCCUAUACACCCAUAAAUUCACUUCCACCAUAUCUCUCACAGCUAUCCAAUCUUCGCUUGUUCUCACUCAGAGGCUGCUCCAAGCUCGAGACCUUGUCUUCACCACAACAUACUACUCGACCUCUUUCCUGUCUGGGAAGCCUCGAAACCCUUGAUAUGAACGGGGUUCCCUUGCUCGAGCUAACCCAACAAGAUUGCAGCAACAAGAGCAAUCUGCACUUCCUUGAUCUGUCAGGUUCGAGAAUCACCAUUCUGCCUUCUGAAUUCUUCUUUGAAAUGUCAAGUCUUGAGGAGCUAAUGCUUGGUAAUUGCAUCCAUCUCAAAGAACUGCCUCCCUCCCUGGCCCAACUGUCCAAUCUGUUGAUCCUUCAUCUGGAGGGGACUCAGAUUAUUUCUUUUCCAGAGGAUACAUUUGAAGCAAUGCAAAGGCUUCAUACACUCAAGCUCAUCGGCAACAUGGCCCUCAUGUCACUCCCAACGUCACUAUCUAAAGCCAAUGGCCUCAGAGAGCUACAUAUUAAUAAUUGCAAAAGAUUAAGGCUUCAAUUUCUCUGGGAACUAGUACCAGGCCUUGAAGAUCUUUACAUACAAACAUGGGAGGCCUUGGAAGAUAUCAAAAUCCAUGGGCACCCUAAUUUGAGAACAUUCUCAGUCUCUGGACCGUGGAUUAGGUGUCUGUCCUUGCGUGGGUGCAGCAAGCUCAAGAUUGUCAACAUCGGUGACGAUCUUACGGCCUUGGAGGAUGUUGAUCUUUCUGGAACAGCUAUUGAGGAGGUUCCUCACAGCCUUCCAAAUCUGCCCCAACUCAGGAUGCUACUCCUUCUGAAUGUCCCUUGUUUUAAGAGAUUCCCUUGGCAUCGGUUGGUCCGUUUUCCGAAGGUUUUCUAUUUGGAUAACUGUUUAGAUGAUGGUAAUCACCUUUCGCAGAUGUUUCGCCAGAAGGAAACUGACAAUAUUGCUCAAAUCAAUAUAAAUGAUUCCAGGAUCUUUCAUAGCUUCAGUGAGGAUGCUGCCAACAAGUUAGUCAAGGAAGGACAGUUUUUUCAGUCUUUCAAUGUCCAGAUAAAACCUUGCAGCGUGAGAGGUAAGGAGCCACGGGACAAACCAUGUACCGUGAUUCAAAGACAGUUACCUUAUCUUGAUCUCACUUGUUUUGAGGCUGCCACCAUUGUGCCCAUGAUGAAACUUCAGCCAAGAAGGCGCCAUGUUGAGAUAUCUGCAAUGAAUCAGUACCCAAAUGGCUUAAGGAUUCUCCCUGUCACAAACUCAUUAUUCAUUACAGACGAUGCUUCUAUCAGAUGCGUCAAUGACCUGAAUUGUAAUCUCAACUCGCUAGAAGUAUGCCAGCUCCAACACUGCAACAAAAUGACUGUUGUAUUGGGAUUGGGAUUGGGAUUGCAGUCUGAUCGCGCGGGGCCAGUGGUAUACGAUGAGGCUACGGAUUGUGAUCCCACAGUAUUUUUAGUAUUUCCAGCCCUGAAGAUACUGCAGGCCUCCAAUCUUAAUAACCUAGUAUGCUUUUUGGAGAUCGGCUAUGUGGUGUAUGCUGAUUACUGGACUUUGAAGCUGCUAAAACGCAUUCACCUUGAGCACUGCCCUCGUCUGGAGGAAAUUUUCCCAUCCUGUUUGUCAUUACCUGCACUGGAAACUCUGGUCAUUCUCUUCUGCCCCAGCCUCAAGACAAUUUUCUAUAAACAUAAGCCGGUAGCACCUUGUCCACUUCCGAAUAUCGAAAGCAUCUACCUUCAGGAGCUACCACAAUUGCAGCACAUCCAUGAGGAUGCCAUGUUCCGUUUCGCAACACCAAAGUGGGAGACUCUCUUGGUCCGCAGCUGCCGAUCACUUCGUCGCCUCCCAUUCCUGAAGGAACAUCCGAAGUCGAAGGUGAAGGUCAGCGGAGAGCGUGACUGGUGGGACAGGCUGCAGCUGAGCCUGCCAGAGCAAGGCAACUACUACCAGCAGAUUCCUCCACCACCGGAGUUCGCAUCCCGCAAGAAAAAAGUCAUCAUCAAAAGCUACCUUCGGUGAAUCUCAUCAGCGCCAUGCACACCCAAGGUCCACACUCUCUACUCGUUUCUGCGAGUUUUAUGACAUGCCCUGGUUGCAGCAUGAGUCCGUCCUGCGCUCUGUGCAAGUGUGCUGUGUGUUUCUUGUAAUAAUAAUAUUGCUUUCCAAAGGGACAUCAGACAUGUAACCUUUGCGGGGGGUUUGCUGUUUGUUUGGAUUUUGUUUUGUCCAUUCAACUACAAUCGUUGUGCUUUUAUGCAUGCAUGAAGCAUGACAAUGCAAGUUGGGUUGUCGUCAUGUAACAAGGCUUGUAUGUUUGCAUUGUGUGAGGUGAGGGUGAACUGAAAGCUGUUUGUGAUUUGCAACGGUUAAUGUACUCUGUCAGUGUAUCCUUGUA